ACGUGUCGUGGCCGGCAGAGGGUAGGGUUUGUGCUUGGGGAUGGAUUUUCUUCUCUGGUAGAAUCCGCUGGCCGCGGCAGGAGAGUGGCUGGCUGCGGCGGCGGCGCUCUUGCUCGGUCGGCCAUAAUGCCGUGGAGAAUCAUCAUCUCGUGACGAUUAGGGCUAGAAUUCUUCCAAAUCCAUCCGUUGUAGCGAGAUGCUCGGAUCGGAUCCAGGGAUUUGACGCAUCGCGCUUUUCCUCGUCCGCCUCUUCGAUUGAUCGUUCCAAGUUGCGGCCAUGGCGGAGCACAAGAUAAUCUUUGUGGAGCCGCCGGCAGGCUGCGAGGAGCGGCGGCGCAGUAAGCGUAUGAUGGCUUGCCCGAGCGGUCACAGGUACUGCUGCUCGGAGAUCCCGGAAACCCCACGCAAGGCCGUGAGGAAGAGCCCCAAGAAGAUUGGAGCCGGGUCGCCGCCGUCGCCUACCAAGAUCCGGAAUUCGCCCAGAUCAAGAACAGCUGGGCCGGUGACGAGGAAGAUCAAGAGGAGGAACUUGGCGGAGAUCUACGAGAUCACACCGGCUUGUGAGCUCCCGAAAGAGGAAGAAGAGGAUGAAGACGAGGAUGACGAGGAGGAUGACUAUGAGGAGGUGGACGAUGUCAAAUGUGGGAAUUGUGAUCGAGCUAAUGAUCCACAGAGGUUCCUACUGUGCGAUGGUUGCGAUCGUGGCUAUCACAUGUACUGUCUCUCUCCAAUCCUUGUCGCGGUUCCCAAGGGUGACUGGUUUUGCCCGCAUUGCUCCAAGGAUCGACAGCAAGUCAAAGUGUUUCCCAUGGUGCAAAGGAAGCUCAUCGAUUUCUUCGGGAUCGAGAAGGUGGAGGAAGAACCAACCAAAGAAGUGAGGCGACGACGACACAGUGGCUCUCUGGUGAUUUACAAGAAAAGCAGGAAGCUGCUGCCAUACAUGCCAUCCAAGGAUCCAUCGCAGAGGCUGGAGCAAAUGGCAUCACUGGCGUCAGCCUUGAUGACUUCCGGUAUUGAAUUUAGCAACGAGCUCACUUAUCUUCCAGGUCUAGCUCCAAGGCGUGCGAACAGAGCCGUGCUAGAGAAAGGAGGAAUGCAGGUGAUUGGCAAAGAAGAUAAGGCCACUUACGAGCUUUGCAAGGCAAUGUGCCUCCGAGGCGAGCAUCCUCCUCUCAUGGUGACCAGAGAUCCCCGUCAAGGGUUCGUCGUGGAAGCAAACAACCAUAUAAAAGACAUGACUUUGAUCGCGGAGUACACCGGCGAUGUAGAUUUCAUGUGCAACCGAGAGGACGACGAAGGUGAUAGCAUCAUGGGACUCCUUUUCCCGGAGGACGCUUCGCAGGAGCUCGUGAUCUGUCCAGACAAACGUGGAAACAUUGCCAGAUUCAUAUCCGGGAUCAAUAACCACACCCCCGACGGCAGAAAGAAGCAGAACUUACGUUGUAUCCGCUUCGACAUCGAUGGUGAAGUUCACGCUCUCUUGGUUUCGAUCCGGGACAUCGCCAAAGGAGAGAGGCUCUACUACGACUACAAUGCGUACCAGAAAGAAUACCCAACGGAACACUUCGAGUAAGCAAACCUUAGUACCUCCGAAAAAAUUCUUUGCUCUUGUGAUUUUAUUAUUUGCUCUUCCGGCUGGCUAUCCCAAAGCGCUUGAUCCAGCCCGAGAUCACGAAAAUCGUGGUGUUUCCAGAAGAAAGAAAAGAGACGAUCGUCCAUGACAACUACAAAGUUAUAUUUCAUUUGCUAUGGUCGUGA